AUGGCCGCUAAAGAAGCUGUUCAAAAAGAAAAAGAAUCUCAAAAGGAACAGAUUUACUAUUCGGAUACAUAUAAAGAUGAAAUGUACGAAUAUCGACAUGUUAUAUUGCCCAAAGAAAUUGCUAAGAAAGUACCGAAAGGUCGACUACUAUCAGAAAACGAAUGGCGGCAUCUCGGUGUACAGCAAUCGCUCGGUUGGGUUCAUUUUAUGAUUCACGAGCCAGAACCUCAUAUUUUACUAUUCCGUCGUUCUCUCAAAGUUAGUCAACAAGUUCAACAGCAACGGGCUGCAGCAGCAGCCGCCGCUCAAGCUCAACAACAACAGUACAAUGCUUUGCAUAUGAAAUAG